CAGUAUCUGAUCAGUGGAUUGCCUCGUGUGUGCACUGAUUGCAGAUGAAGUCAUAAACAAGAUUGAAGACUCAUCAUGUGUAUGUAGUCUCUUUUUGCUCUUGGUGUGAGCAUGGAAAGCCACACAAAGCCAGUGCUGACUACACAUGACAUUCUGCAGUGUAUGGGCUGAAGAAACCAGAAAGGAAGGAGUUCGUGUUGACAUCAAUGCAUCUUUAUCUACAACAAGCAGGAGGUUUGAUUCUCCUUCUGGAAAUGAUGAAACAGGAAAGCAGACCAAUCUCAGUAUUAAAAAGACACCAGAAACACCAUUGCUUAAGCAGUUACAAGCACGGAUAAAAUUCUCAGGUCCAUUGACAGUAUAUGAUUAUAUGAAAGAAGGGCUGAUAAACCCACUAAGUGGAUAUUAUGCAGCUGGCCAAGAUAUGUUUGGCAGUAAGGGAGAUUAUACGACAUCACCUGAAAUAUCACAGAUGUUUGAUGAUAUAAAAAUAUCAUUUUGUGGUUUCUAUGAAGUAGUUAGGGACAUCAUAGCUUGUUCGAUGGGAAGCUAUGGUGUGGCUAGCUUUGAGUUGGUAUUUGUCUUCUGUUGUGGUAGCAGGUUGUUCGGAAGGAAGCGAGAUGUGGAUAAACAAGACGUGAUAAAAAUUAAAAGAAUGGAGUAUGGUCUAGAGAAGUUUCGAGAUGGUCUGACGCUCAAUAUCCUGACAUUUGAGAAUUCCUAA